AUGGCGUCCAUUCAAGAGCCUUGCGGUUGUUUGAGUGUUCUUUUUUUCAAUUUAAUUGUGCACGUGUUUUCCGACAUUAUUAUAACAAAAGAUACUCCAGAAUUAUAUGACUUCGAUUUCUUCAUACGCGAUGAGUGGGAGACGUUUCCUGCAUCAAAUAGGCAACCUCUGAAAUUACCAGCCCCCUAUGUUGUGAUACAUCAUACGCCUGAAAUAAGCGCUUGUUAUGAAUUAAGUGAGUGCUUGGAUGCUAUGCGUGUUAUACAGAUACAGCAUAUUUUCAAGUUGAAGCUGGGUGAUAUUGGUUACAACUUCUGCGUUGGUAGCGAAGGCGGUGUCUUUGAAGGGCGGGGAUGGGAUCACAUAGGAGCCCACAGCGGUCGAGCUGACAAUCACAGCAUUGGCAUCUGUAUGAUUGGCGAUUGGGAAAAUACAAAACCACCAGAAAUACAAAUGGAUGCCCUUAAAGCUCUGCUGAGAACAGGGGUUCUGACAGGUAAGGUUAAAAGAGACUACAAACUGAUAGGACACAAGCAGACCCGAAAAACGAAUUGUCCUGGAAAUGCACUUAUGAAAGAAUUGUCCACUUGGGAACAUUUUGCGCCGGAAAGACAUAACUUUACAGAGCCAGCGAAAAUGAGCGUUAACCGAAUGGGCAUUCAGCAUCCUCCAUACCACAAAUACAGUUGGUUAAAGAAUAACAGGUCUCCUGGGGAUGGCGAAGGAUUGGAUGCUAUAGCGAAUAUUAGGAGAGUUUUGUGUCCAGUAUUAUACUGUGAUAGUCCAAUUGAUUGA